UGGCUCCUUUGUGGGCCCAGACGAGAAGAUGGCGGGCGUGCGGAGGCGGAGCGUGGCGUUACGGUUGGCCCCACCCUCCUUCUGAGGCGCGGAGCGGGUGGUGAGGCGGGAGCGCGACUCCGGGCGGCGGCGGCAAGGCGGUGGUGCUGUAACAUUUGCUGUAUGGACUCUUGUUCUGUAGCAUGGGAGAAGAGGAAGGACUACGCCAAGCACAGUUGCUGGACACAAUGUUUGUGCGAGGAUUAAAAAGAAAAUGUUUUGAUGGUGAAGAAGAUGUUGAAGGGACGCUGGCUGGUUUUAAAGCUAUUCCUUCAUAUAAUCUUCAGCGACAGUCACUUUUAGAUAUGUCUUUGGUAAAACUUCAACUGUGCCACAUGCUGGUUGAGCCUAAUCUUUGUCGUUCGGUACUAAUAGCCAAUACAGUACGGCAAAUCCAAGAGGAAAUGACUCAAGAUGGGACUUGGCAGAUGAUAAAUACGCAGAAUGCAGGGCACGCUUCCCUAGACCGCUUGGUUUCAACAGAUAUACUAUGUCGUUCAUCCCGGGAACAAACUGAGGGAAAGCACAGUCCAGGUUAUAGUACCUUCCCUAAAGACUUUGAGGAGACCCAGUCACAAGAUAGUUCAGAAAUUAUGUCAACUGUUUCUUCAGGACAAGCUCCAAGGAACCUGCAAAGUAACAUGUGGGAAAUGGAGAACCCACAAGAAAAUAGAGGAAAUUUUCAAAAAUCAUUGGAUCAAAUAUUUGAGACAUUAGAGAAUAAAAGCCCAAAUUCUGUUGAAGAUCUGUUUUCAGAGGUUGACAAUUCUUACUACGACCUUGAUACAAUGUUAACAGGAAUGAUGAGCAACACCAAAAUGGGACACUGUGAUGUACUUGAAACAUUUCCUUCUCAGACCACCACAAAUUCUAACUCUAACUGUAAAUCCGAUCUUAAUGAGCUUGACCACAUUGUGGAAAUUCUUGUUGAAUCUUGAAACCACUACCUGUGCAGCAGAGAGCGAGCUCCUUCAAGGAAGUAAAGGACUUACAGAAACACUUUUCCCAAUAGUUUAUUCAAGCAAAUCUGUACAUGUAUUUUACAGAAAUAUAUAUGAGCACUUCAUAUUGCAAAAUUUUGUUAACUUUUAAAGUUAACAUGCAGUUUGUAGUGUGAGAAUUCUAGGUAACUGUUCAUUGAACUGUAAGUACAUACUGUAAAUGUUUUUUUUUUAAGUUGGAGUCCAAGGUUUUCCAGAUUGGACUCCCUUGCCCACUUUGUAGCUUUUGAAGAGUGCUUGUUCAUUAAGAGUGUUGUUUCCAUCAUCAUCUCCACCCCCCCACCCCAAGUCUAGAAAAAUCGAGAGUCAUACAGAGUUUGGGUAACCGGAUUUUUCUUUUACCUCCUGACUUUUGGACUAACACUUCCUAUUUUUUAGGACCACCUCAAUCCCUCCUUGUCUGCCUCCUUUGUUCUACCUGCUGUUGCCCGUGGCUUUCGGAGCAGUGUGCAGUAGUCACCAUUAUCCUAGCUAGCUGCUUCUGUCUUCUUCCAACAGUUUUGUUUCUUUGAAUAUAAUUUUAAAGUAUUUGUCAACAUUUAGAUUUUUUCCAGCUAUUUUCCUAAAAUAUAUUUUUACUACAGAUGUGCUAUCAGCUGCUAAUUUAGUAACUUUUGAUCAUAAAUAUUUGCAGUUGAUGUAUUUUUGAAAGACUUUCAAGAAGGGAUUUGGUUUUUUUUACCAUGAGCUACCUUAUGUAGCUCAGCAAAGUGUAUGUAAAUAUCAAUAUACAAUUUUAUACUUUACAUUAAAAUGUAAGCGCUGUUUUCAUGAUUCUGUUUUUAUAGAGUAGUACUUUACUAAACUGAGGAUGGUACAAUGAUGCUUUUUAUACAACUUAUACUUGAGUGUCAUUACAGGGAGAGCCCUGAUCCAGCUACAUGCAAUUACAUUUAAUUCAGUCCAAACCAUGUUUUUGUUAUCUUCAAACCUAAAUUAUGUAGGGUUUUUAUUUAUGUGUAUUUAUAUGUAAAUGUCAUCAAGUGAAUUGUUUAUCACUGAAGUCUACCAUCAAAUAUUUGUUUGUGGGAAAACUAUCUUGCACUAAUUACUAUAAAAAGUGUUGCUAGGGGCCUUGAAAUAUCUACUAGUGUGUUCUAAUGUCUUGUCUAAAUUAGCAUGCUCCACUCUUACCAAGGUUUUCUGGUCAGCUUAUUUUUUUGAAUAACAAGCGGUAUAUGGAACAUUGAAUUGCAUUUCCUUUCUUUAAGGAUGGUCACACAUUCGUUUUAGAGUGUGUAAUUCAUUUUGUUUCUAAUGUCCACUUUUGGAGGUGGAUCAAAUAACAUAUAUGAAUUUACUAUAACGCGACUUCUUUUUUAAGAGCUAUUUUAUUGCUGGAACCUUUUGACAUUGGCUGCCUGGGGAGCAGAGAUUGCAGAUAGUUAGGUUGUUUCUAUGGAAGUGUAUCAAGGGACCAACCACAUUGUGAAAGGAAUAAACUUUGCAUUUAACAAAUGUUUUGCCUUCCUGUAGGUGACCUUACCUACUUCACAUUUCUCUUUAGGAUUCGCAAAUCCCUAAGUAGUUAGUUCUAGGUACAUUCUGGUUCCUUGCUUCCACAAGUUAACCUAUAAACAAAUAAAUGUCUGUCUUUUUAACUUACUGUAAGUGUUUUUGAAACAGCUGGUUGAAAAAUAGCAUUGCAUAAUUAAGUUUUCUAAACUUGGUAGAUAGCUGCAUAUUUAACUCCGUUAUGUGUCAAACUGCAGUUUGUAUAAGUGAGAUUUUUGUGAACUUUUAAAAUAUUUUUUGUAUUAAACUUGGACAUGAAGUGA